AUGCAAAUUUCCCUCUGCCUGCCGGUGCUCAUUUUGGCACUGCUCGAGCUCGUCUCGGCCCGGCAUCACCACCAUCACCACCAGGGCAGCGGCUCGAAAAAGGUGCACCUCUGUGGCAAGCGAUUGGCAUCGACAAUCACGGCAAUCUGCGAAGCCAGCCAGGAGGAUAAUUGCCCCAUCGACAGCGAGCAGGCACCUUUUGACGGCAACAUUGUGAUGCGGUGUUGCGCCGGCCAGUGCACAAUCUCCGAAAUCCGAAGCUACUGCUGCCAGGUGCGUGAGGCGGAGAAGGCGCUUGAGGCCGCAUCCGCUCGCCGCACAAAGUCCGACUAUCUGGCCGAGAUGGAGGACGAGAUCCGGGAUGAGCAACAGCCCGCACGGCCAGAAAAUGCCGAAAAGCCGGAGGGCCCCGGCAAAAAAGUGCACCUCUCCGACAAACACCGCUAUGACGUCUUCAACUUC